CGCUGCGUCAUCGCUGAACCGGUGACGUCGAAAUGCUGCGACGGUGCAUCAGCUUCAAACAUGGCUUCAAGAUUAGAAAUCAAUUUUAUCCGAUUAUUGUCCCGCUGUGAAUCUAUAGCUUCCGAGAAAAGAGGGGAAACAGAAUGGAGGUUAGAAAAGUACGUUGGGGCCCUGGAGGAGAUGCUGGUGGCUCUGAGGAAAAGCCUGAGCAAACCGACAGCAGAAAUAAUGACUGAAUAUUCAAGAAAAGUGGAUUUUCUGAAAGGACUUCUUGAGGCAGAGAAACUGCCUUCGCCAUCCGAAAAGGCUUUGGCUAAUCAGUUCCUCGCCCCCGGGCGAACACCCACAAUAGGCAAUGAGAGGAUGCCUGCCUCAAAAACGGUCCACAUGCAGACGAAGGCCCGGUGUACGGGAGAGAUGAGGGCCGAGCUGCUUGGCACGGGGAUGUCAGGCAAAGGCACGUUGGAAACCGACUUGCGAAACAGAAAAGGUCUUCCUGUGGAUGAGCGUCAGUCUGCCGCAGAGCUGGAGGCCGUCAUGCAGCACCACCACAACCUACAGGAGAAACUUGCCGAGGACAUGCUCAACCUGGCCCGAAACUUGAAGAACAACACUCUGGCAGCGCAGAACAUCAUCAAGCAGGACAACCAGACCCUGAGCCAGUCCAUGCGUCAGGCCGACGUGAACUUUGAGAAGCUGAAGACGGAGUCGGAGCGACUGGAGCAGCACACCAAGAAGUCAGUCAACUGGUUGCUGUGGCUGAUGCUCAUCCUGGUCUCCUUCAGCUUCAUCAGCAUGAUCCUCUUCAUCAGAAUCUUCCCCCGACUGCGAUGAUGCCCGUCCGCAAUCCCGAACUAUUAGCGCCGCGUCCUCCUGUGUUUUCAGAGAAGUAACCACAUAGGCCUCGUAGAUCCGCUCAGAGAGAGAUGCAGAACGGUAGUGAUUAGAACCAAAACACAUUUGCACUUUUGAAAGAGAAAUUCUUCCUCUAAAUGAGCUGAUGGAAGUUAAAAAAAAUGUGGUUUGAAGUGUUGGCCUACCCUUUUUUUUUUUUUUUUUUCUUGAACGCAAU